GAAUUUUCCAGUUUGUUGUGAUCCACACAAAGACUCAUUAGUUCAAAUAAUUUUUUCAAAGUUAUACUCCCCCAACUUUUACUUAAUAAUUUGUUUUUCUUUAAUCUUAAAAGACAAGGAUUAAUGAAACUCAUAUAUAUGCUAACAAGAGUCAGUUCUUGGCAGAUUGAACUCUCCAAUGUCACAUACUUUCUAAACUAUUAAACAUCAGAAUUCAUGCCACCAGGUUUCCUUCAUUCCUGUAAGUUUUUCCGACCAAGAUAACUGGGCAAGGAUGAAAAAAGGACAAACAUCACCUGUUUCUGGGAAAUUACUGGUCAGAUGAAGAAAAAGAAGCAACAGCUGCGGCAAUUCCCACCCUUUGGAAGGAUCUCUUGCCUGUGGUGGAAAUCCACAAAUUAAAGCCAGACACGUCCCCCGGACCCCUGUCCUGGCUCCUUUUUCCCAUUAUUCAUUUUAGUGCCCCUCCCUCCAAUCUUCUUAUAAAAGCCCAAUCUUUCCUGCCCUGACAAGCCAGUGCAGAUCCCUGCAAGAGAGUUCUCUAGCUGCCUCCACACCUCACAGAUACAAUGCUGCCUUCCCUGGGCCUCCCCAGACUGUCCUGGAUGCUGCUCUCCUGCCUGAUGCUCCUGUCUCAGGUCCAAGGGGAAAAUUCCCAAAAGGAACUGCCAUCUGCAAGGAUCAGCUGUCCCUCAGGUUCCAUGGCCUAUAGGUCUCACUGCUAUGCCUUGUUUAAAACACCCAAAACCUGGAUGGAUGCAGAUAUUGCCUGCCAGAAGAGGCCCUCGGGACAUCUUGUGUCUGUGCUCAGUGGGGCUGAGGAAUCCUUCGUGUCCUCCUUGGUUAGGAACAACUUGAAUACCCAAUCAGACAUCUGGAUUGGGCUCCAUGACCCCACAGAGGGCUCUGAGCCCAAUGCUGGUGGAUGGGAAUGGAGUAGCAAUGACGUGCUCAAUUACGUUGCCUGGGAGACAGAUCCUGCUGCCAUCUCAAGCCCUGGCUACUGUGGGAGUCUCUCAAAAAGCUCAGGAUAUCUCAAGUGGAGAGAUCAUAACUGCAAUUUGAACUUACCCUACGUCUGCAAGUUCACGGACUAGAUCAGAUGAGAAGUCAGCAGCCUGACUGGUGUGCAACUGGUGUGCAACUCAUCAUGGACUUGGAACUAGGGAUUCAGACCCGCUAUGGAAGGGGAUAUUCUCCUCACACCCCCAACCCAAUCACCUCAUUCUGACCUUCUCUCCUCCCCAGACUCAAUUCAGGCUCUCUUGUGUGUUCCCUAACCUGACUUUGCAAAGUUUACAAUAAAAAUAUUAGU